CCGACGUUCUCCGCCUUUAAACCCUUCCCUUCGUAUACAUCCAGUUUUUAGUUAUAGCUCGUAUCUCUCUCUCAAUCUCUACCUCUCUUUCUCUCUCUAGAAAUAUGUCGGCGUUAGCAUGCAACGCCUGCAACAAAGAACUCAUUGAUGAAAACGAUCAGAAGACUCAUUACAAGUCUGAAUGGCACCGCUACAACCUCAAACGCAAGAUGGCAGGGGUUCCAGGAGUGACAGAAGCACUCUUCUUAGCUAGACAGUCCGCACUUGCGGAAGAGAAAAGUAAGCUGACCGGACCUCCUAUGCUGUAUACUUGUGGUCUUUGUGGCAAAGGAUAUAGAAGUUCCAAGGCUCAUGCUCAACAUCUAAAUUCCCGGGCUCAUACCACUCGGGUAUCCCUGGAUGGGCACCAAAACGAGGAUGCGGCAAUAAUAAGGCCACUUCCACCCCGUAUUGUGAACAAGCAUCUCCAACAUAAAGAGGAGUUCAGUGAGGAAAGUGAUGGAAGUGAUGAAUGGGAGGAGGUUGACGAAAACGAUGACGUGAUUGGUGAAAUGACAUCAUCUUUGAACCAUAUGGAGAUGAAUGGAGUGCCUUCUGAUGAGGAUAUGGAUGAGGACAAGGAUGAGGAUGAGCUGGAUUCAACUUGUUGCUUUAUGUGUGACCAAAACCAUAAAACUAUUGAAAGGUGCAUGAUCCAUAUGCACAAGCAUCAUGGUUUCUUCAUACCUGAUGUUGAGUAUCUGAAAGAUCCAAAAGGUCUUCUUACCUAUCUUGGACUUAAGGUUAAACGUGAUUACACUUGCUUAUACUGCAAUAGUAAUUGCCAGCCUUUCAACAGUGUAGAAGCAGUUAGGAAGCAUAUGGUGGCAAAAAGUCAUUGCAGAGUGCACUAUGGUGAUGAUGAUGAAGAGGAAGAAGCUGAAUUGGAAGAAUUCUAUGAUUAUAGCAGCAGUUACUUAGAUGGAGAUGGGAAGCAGCUCGUGACUGCUGAUGGCACAGGUGACAGCAUAGAGCUCGGAAGCGGUGGGUCUGAACUCAUAAUAAGUAGAGCAAUUGAUGAUAGAAUAUCAACCAAAUCAAUUGGCUCUAGGGAAUAUUUGCGCUAUUAUCGUCAAAAACCACGUCCAUCUCCAAAUGGAAUUGCCAUUACUGCUGUGUUGGCUGCAAGGUAUAGAAGCAUGGGUUUGUCAACGGUGCAAUCGAGAGAGAACAUGGUGAGGAUGAAGGUGAUGAAGCAGAUGAAUAGGUCAGGGGUGGAGGCGAUGCGAUCCAAAAUGGGCAUGAAAAGUAAUGUAAUCCGCAACCUUCCGAAGAACGUUACAUAUUGAAUACGUUAAUAUCUAGACGUUUAUUUCCAUGACAUGUUAUUGGUCUUGUUUUUGAUAAUUUGUGGAUCAUAUUGUCAUCCAAUUCCAGCCGGGUCGAUUACAACGUGCUUUGUUUGGUUUUA